CACAAAAGAAAGCAAAUGAAAUUAUGAAUAAAACAAAUAAAGAAAUUUCAAAAUAUCAAGAAGAUUAUAAUUCAACAACUAAUCCUGAAGCCAAAUAUGAGCUAAUAGAUUAUAUACAAGAUCUUAAACAAGUCCUCUAUACCCAAAAAAUAAAAUUUCAAAUAAUUAUGUUACAAGAUAAUAAAGCCAAAGUUCCUCUUAGCAUUUCUGUAGUUGAAAAAAGUUUUAAAGCUAUACAAAGUUACAAUAAGCUAGUUACUAUUCUAAACUAUGACUUUUCUGUUAGUUUACAACAGAAACUUACUUCAUCUGUUUAUUUAAUCAUCAAUUUAAGUGAUACAAAUGACAUACUUUGUAAAGGUCAAUUGUCAAUAUACAUCUGCUCACAAUACAAGAUAGGAACAAGCUCAGUGAUCUAUAUGAAUGAUCUAUAUUCUUUAAUGAAUAAUAGCAGUUUUGAUGAUAUGUUAAAGGUUGAUAAUAAAAUCAGACCAAUCUGA